CUGUCUGGGGUGUGGGGCACCUCGGGGUGCAGGCAGGGCUCAGCAUUACCAGGGGUGAUGCCCCCCGUGGGGCUGGAGCCUGAGCACCCCAUGUCCCUGCUGUGCCUUGGCCCCUGCACAGGGACACUGUGGCAAGGCUGGCUCCAUCCCCAACAGCGCCUGAACAAGUCCCGAGGUUGGGAUGAGGAGGAGCUGUGAUCCCAGGAUGAGUGUGGGGAUGGAAAGGGCAGUGUGGAGCAGGUCCCAUCCUGGCCCCCCCAUGAGAACAGGAAACACCGGGGCCAGGCUCACCUUCACACAGGAAAGAGGUCAGCCGGCAAGGGCUAACCACAGGCGAGGAGGAGGAGGAGGAGGGGGCAGAGGAAGGCCCUGGCCAGGUAGGUUAGGACCCCCACCCAUGCAUCCGCAAUCCAGGGGACAUGGGUGCAAGGCCAUGGGGGCUGCAGGCAGCUCCAUGCUGGCUGGUGGCCACAGUCCCUGCUUCCCCCCUGUCUGCAGCCUGCUGCCCCAUUGCCACCCUCGGGGGGUGAUGCCCUCCCUGCCUGCCGGUGGGUGCGGGCAGCCCCCAGCCUGGCGCAUGGCCGGCGGCAGGGAUGGAUCCCACAGAGCUGGAUCCCGACGGGCGCUGGUGCGGAGCAGCGGUGCUGGGAGCGCUGGGAGGAAGGGGUGGCGAGGGGAGGGGAAGCUCUUUGCUCUGCUGCGAGAGCUGCCGAAGAGACGGGGGAAGCGCAGGCACUCGGAGCUCGCCGCGCUCCCCACAGCACCCGCAUCGCCUCGGCCCCCCCCGGCACCCCACACAGCGGGGUUCUGGGUGCUGCGGGGUUCCCCAGGCUGAGGUCCCAUCCGGAGCAGCGCCGGAGCAGGGUCCAUGCGAGCCGGAGCAGCAGGGCUGGCGGAGCCUGUUCCCAUCCCCGAGGUGACAAUGGAGCAGCUGAAGUGACCUGAGGAGCUGUUGCAGUCCUGCCCAGGAUGGGCUGUGUGCACUGCAAAGAGAAGAUCACCAGCAAAGGGCAAGUGGGGGGCGAGCUGGGCUCCCCCCAGCCCCCUGUGUCCCAGUAUGACCCCGACCCCACACAACCGGGUGCCAUCUUCACCCGCAUCCCUGACUUCAACAACUUCCAUGGCACAGCAGUCCCGGCGGCUCCAUCCCUGCUGGGGCCGGGGGGCUUCACCUCCAACAUGCUGCAGAUGAGGAGCGGGGGCAUCUCAGGGGGAGGUGUGACGCUCUUCAUUGCCCUCUAUGACUACGAGGCCAGGACGGAGGAUGACCUGACCUUCCAGAAAGGGGAGAAAUUCCACAUCAUCAACAACACGGAGGGUGACUGGUGGGAGGCCAGGUCCCUGAGCUCGGGUGCCACCGGCUACAUCCCCAGCAACUACGUGGCCCCAGUGGACUCAAUCCAGGCAGAAGAGUGGUACUUUGGGAAGAUCGGGCGCAAGGAUGCGGAGCGGCAGCUCCUGUGUCAUGGCAACUGCAGGGGCACUUUCCUCAUCCGGGAGAGUGAGACCACCAAAGGUGCCUAUUCCCUCUCCAUCCGGGACUGGGAUGAGGCCAAAGGAGACCACGUGAAGCACUAUAAGAUCCGGAAACUUGACAACGGGGGCUACUACAUCACCACCCGUGCCCAGUUCGACACUGUCCAGCAGCUGGUCCAGCACUAUAUAGAGCGGGCGGCCGGGCUGUGCUGCCGCCUGGCCGUGCCGUGCCGCAAGGGGACCCCCAGGCUGGCUGACCUGUCUGUUAAGACCAAGGACGUGUGGGAGAUCCCCCGCGAGUCCCUCCAGCUGCUCAAGAAGUUGGGCAAUGGGCAGUUCGGGGAAGUGUGGAUGGGGACAUGGAACGGCACCACGAAGGUGGCGGUGAAGACCCUGAAGCCUGGCACCAUGUCCCCAGAAGCCUUCCUGGAGGAGGCUCAGAUCAUGAAGCGCCUGCGGCACGACAAGCUGGUGCAGCUCUAUGCUGUGGUGUCGGAGGAGCCCAUCUACAUUGUCACCGAGUUCAUGAGCCAGGGCAGCUUGCUGGACUUCCUGAAGGAUGGGGAUGGCCGUUACCUGAAGCUGCCCCAGCUGGUGGAUAUGGCUGCCCAGAUCGCGGCGGGCAUGGCUUACAUUGAGCGGAUGAACUACAUCCAUCGGGAUCUUCGUGCUGCCAACAUCCUGGUGGGAGACAACCUGGUGUGCAAGAUCGCUGACUUCGGCCUCGCUCGCCUCAUAGAGGACAAUGAGUACACAGCACGCCAGGGUGCCAAGUUCCCCAUCAAAUGGACUGCUCCAGAGGCUGCUCUCUUUGGGAAGUUCACCAUCAAGUCGGAUGUCUGGUCCUUUGGCAUCCUCCUGACAGAGCUGGUGACCAAAGGCCGGGUGCCCUACCCAGGGAUGAACAACCGGGAGGUGCUGGAGCAGGUGGAGCGCGGGUACCGCAUGCAGUGCCCCGGGAGCUGCCCCCCAUCCCUGCACGAGGUGAUGGUGCAGUGCUGGAAGCGGGAGCCCGAGGAGCGUCCCACCUUCGAGUACCUCCAGUCCUUCCUCGAGGACUACUUCACAGCCACCGAGCCCCAGUACCAGCCAGGGGACAACCAGUGACCCCCCCCCGGCUUUGGGGUGGCCUUGGGGGGUGUUGCUCCCUUUGGCUGUGACCCCCCAAACUCACCCACUGGGAGGUGCUCGGGGUGCCCCAUGGAGGACAUGGGGCUUUGCACAAGGAUUCUGGCCCCAGAGAGGGGGCAAAGCGGUGUCCCCCCCUCCUUGUUGCCUUCACAGCCAGCUCUGAACCUGAGGAGUGCUCUGGGGACCCCCCCCCCCCAUGGCCCCCGGACACUCCUGUUCUAGCAGCAGAGGCCUUGGGGUUGGGGAGCUCCAUCUCUUCAGCCCCCCCAGAGCCUGGCUCUGACCUGGAGAAAGUCACCUCAGCCUCCCCUUUCUAUCAUCUGUAAUUUAUAGGAUUUCAUACCCCUCACCCUCAGGGACCCCGUAUUUGGGGGGGGAUCCCCUCGUGUCCAUCCCACCCCCCUUUAAUCUCCUCUCCUUAAAGCCAUAAACCUCUGCUUGCACUGGGGGGGGACACACAAACAGGGACUCUUGAGAUCCCAGGGGUUGAGGCUGGGGGCUCAGAUCUGCCCCUGGGGCUGUUUCCCAUUGUCCUGGGG